GUUAGUCAACUGUCAGAAUUGGUUCCUGGCGGACGUGUGCGCAGCGCUACUCGCCGUAGAACUUGUGCAUCGACAUACAUACGUAUGCAUAUAGAAGACUAUUUAUAUCUUGCGGAUCGUAAAAAUAAACGCAAAAGUUUUGAAACAUUAUUUUUCAAUGGCCUCGGUGUGCGAGCCAUCUGUUCCAUUGAACAGAGUUGUGCAAGGUUCUGCCUUCGAAGCAGACCCGGAAUCAGAUCCGGAUCCAGAUAAUAUUCCAUACCAUGCCCGCGAGGACGCACUUCCCUUCACGUACGGCAACGUUCCGGUCGGCUUCAAUACCCGCGACUUGCAUCAUGUCGAAACAAAUGAGCCCACUGACAUGUCGGACAACAAGUCUGUGCAAAUUAAAAAUAUGGCCAGCCAUUCCUUACCCCGAAAGAGCGUUCGACCCAGCAUUUCGGCGUCGUGCCCGUUGGUGCGGAAGACACCUUCCCGCCAAGAGUUCGAAGAUAUGCUAAUGGAGCGCAAAGUGCAUGUGGAAGAUGCAAACAGAGCACUCGCGAGAAAGUUAGCUCAGGAUGAGACGAUCCAGCGGGACUUGGAUGAGCUGCACAAGCGGCUCAACUCGCCGCUACUCGAGAGAAAAGCAAUUAGAGAUGAGCUGAUUGAGUCCAGCGAUCUACCAGACGCUGAAUUAGGUACGCCUAGCAAAGGACGGAGCCCGGAAUUGCAGCUCGUCGAAAAGACCCGUUCGAAAACUCCAACGUUCCCAUACGUUCAGAGACCUCUGAACUCCGAGCGAUGUGUCAGCCCGUAUCCAACACCCAAACCAGCAAAGGCUCUAAUGUUCGAUGAGGGCACAGAGCUGCACCAUGGGGAACGGGCUCUUCAGCAAGCCGAUGUGUUUGUCAAUCAUACCAAGGAAGUCGAGCCACAUCUGGUUAAGUUUGCCAAGGACUCGUCUCAGUUUUGGUAUAAGCCCAACAUGAGUCGCGACGAAGCAGUCGACUUGUUGCGUGAUGCCAGACCCGGAACAUUUCUCAUUCGCAACUCAACAACGUACCGGAAUGCAUUUGGCUUGGUCUUACGCGUAGCUAAGCCGCCGCCUGGCGUGGUGACUGGGCCGGGAUACGGGGACCAGUUGGUACGCCACUUCCUCUUGGAGCCCACAAAUCGGGGUGUUCGCCUGAUGGGAUGCAGCAAUGAGCCAAUCUUUACGUCUUUAUCGGCCUUUGUAUACGAGCAUUCAAUCAACCAGAUGUCUCUUCCCACCACCCUCAUUAUACCAGAUAGAGAUCUGCUACUAAUCUCGAAUAACGAGGAGUUGAUCCUGAGCCAAAAGCAGGUGCUGGCGCAGGGUGCCGCUUGCAAUGUGCUCUACCUGUUCCAGCACAAUAUGGAGUCCCUCACCGGAGACGAUGCAGUUCGGAAGGCAGUCAAUGAAAUGUACUCAGCCCCGACGGCACCAGUUCCCUUAGAGGUUCACAUAAAGAUAUCGGAACAGGGAAUCACACUGACCGACAACACGCGCAAACAAUUCUUCCGCCGUCACUAUCCGGCUAAAAACAUUUCGCACUUCUCCAUGGACCCCGGUAAUCAUUUUUGGAGCGUUCCGGCAUCCGACGAAGGACUUCAGCGCUCCGUCAAUAAGUCAAUCUUCGCAUUUGUCGCGCGGCCUCUGACUGGAUCCAAAGACAAUCAAUGUCAUAUCUUUUGCGACCUGUCCUCUAUGCAGCCCGCUUCCGCCAUUGUUUCCUUUGCACACAAGGUUCUUCCGCUCAAUCACAAUUGCAAAAUGCUGUAAAUUCGAUAAAUAUCAGUAUGCCCUAUAUGAUACAUGAGAAAUAAUAAUACAGAUAUACCAAAAUA